GCGCGGUGCGCUGGACGCCCCCGUGCCGUGCGCGGAGCCGCGAGCGGCCGGGCGCCAUUUCAGGAGCAGCCGCGGAGAUAUUGACGGGGCCAGACCGGUACCGGGACCCACUCACGGCUGCGCCGCUUCUCGCCGCCCGUUCCCUGGGGCCGCUUGAGCGCUGCCGUACAUUUAAGGUUCAGACGYCUGGAGAGGGUGCUUGAGCCCUCGGGCCCAUUCCCCACCGCCAGCGCAGUGACGCCGGAGCCGCCACUGCCGGACCUCGGGCCUGUGGAGAGGAUCGCACUGCCCGCGGCGCAGGUGCCCUGAAAAAUGGCUGAUGAUAUUGAUAUUGAAGCAAUGCUCGAAGCUCCUUAUAAGAAGGAUGAGAACAAAUUGAGCAGUGCCAAUGGCCAUGAAGAACGCAGCAAGAAGAGAAAAAAGAGCAAGAGUCGAAGUCGAAGCCAUGACAGAAAGAGGAGCAGAAGUAAGGAACGCAAACGGAGCCGAGAUCGGGAACGGAAAAAGAGCAGAAGUCGGGAAAGGAAAAGGAGCAGAAGCAAAGAACGAAGACGCAGCCGGUCUAGGAGYAGAGAUCGCAGAUUCAGAGGCCGCUAUAGAAGUCCCUAUUCUGGUCCAAAAUUCAACAGUGCCAUUAGAGGGAAGAUUGGUCUGCCUCACAGCAUCAAAUUAAGCAGACGUCGCUCCAGAAGCAAAAGUCCUUUCAGAAAAGACAAAAGCCCUGUUAGAGAACCUAUUGAUAAUCUUACCCCUGAAGAGAGGGAUGCUCGAACAGUGUUUUGCAUGCAGUUGGCUGCAAGAAUUCGACCAAGAGACCUGGAAGAAUUUUUCUCUACAGUAGGCAAGGUUCGUGAUGUACGAAUGAUUUCAGAUAGAAAUUCCAGACGUUCAAAGGGAAUUGCUUAUGUUGAAUUUGUUGAUGUUAGUUCAGUGCCUCUGGCAAUAGGACUGACUGGACAGAGAGUCCUGGGUGUACCAAUCAUAGUACAGGCGUCACAGGCAGAGAAAAACAGAGCAGCAGCAAUGGCAAAUAAUCUUCAGAAGGGCAGUGCUGGUCCCAUGAGGCUCUAUGUGGGAUCAUUGCACUUCAACAUAACUGAAGAUAUGCUUCGAGGAAUCUUUGAGCCAUUUGGCAGGAUUGAAAGUAUUCAGCUCAUGAUGGACAGUGAAACUGGACGCUCAAAAGGAUAUGGAUUCAUUACGUUCUCAGACUCUGAGUGUGCCAAAAAGGCCCUGGAACAACUCAAUGGAUUUGAGCUGGCUGGGAGGCCAAUGAAAGUUGGGCACGUAACUGAGCGUACUGAUGCUUCCAGUGCUAGCUCAUUUUUGGACAGUGAUGAGUUGGAACGGACUGGAAUUGACUUGGGAACAACUGGUCGCCUUCAGUUGAUGGCAAGACUUGCAGAAGGUACUGGUUUGCAGAUUCCUCCAGCUGCACAGCAGGCUCUGCAGAUGAGUGGAUCUUUGGCCUUUGGAGCUGUGACAGAUUUACAAACAAGACUGUCUCAGCAGAAUGAAGUUCUGGCUGCAGCUGCUUCUGUACCACCACUUGCAACACAGUGCUUCCAGCUUUCCAACAUGUUUAAUCCUCAAACUGAAGAAGAAGCUGGCUGGGACACAGAAAUUAAAGAUGAUGUGAUUGAAGAAUGUAACAAACAUGGAGGAGUUAUCCAUAUCUAUGUUGACAAAAACUCAGCUCAGGGCAAUGUGUACGUCAAAUGUCCCUCGAUUGCUGCUGCCAUUGCGGCUGUCAAUGCAUUGCAUGGGAGAUGGUUUGCAGGUAAAAUGAUUACAGCAGCRUAUGUACCUCUUCCAACAUACCACAGCCUCUUCCCAGACUCAAUGACUGCAACCCAACUACUGGUUCCUGUUCGACGAUGAAUAUUAAUUUAGUCAGUUUUGUACAUAGGUAUUUUUUGGAGGAAGAUUGAGUUAUCUUUUAUUUAGAUAAAACUAAAGGAAAGGAUUUAAUGUCAUUUUGUGUACACUUCCUGCUAUCUUUAAAAUAAAAUGAAGUAAGCAGAAAUGCAGUGUGUUCAUUCUCCCUAACUAGCAUUUCCACUGUAUACAAAGCUGUUGACUUCUUGUUCUGCCUUGUAAUUCUUGUACAUUGACUAAGGUGAUCCGUAGGAACUGAGAAGUAGCUCAUAGAUAACAAGUUCUUUGUAAAAGGCGGAUGAGACAUAAUGAAUUUUUAAUGUUUCAUGAGCCUUUCUUUUAAUGCAGCAAAGAUACUGUACAUUUCACUAAAUGUGGGUGAUCUGCUCAAGGGUAGUAUCAGAGAGAGACUGGAUGAAGGGACAUAUUUAGUGUUUUGUAUAAAUGAAAAAUCAAAWGGCUACUGAAUGCUGAUUGCAGACAGCUACUCAGCUUGCUUUGUGCUGGAUAAUUGAUUAGAAAAGAAGGAUUGAAGGGUUUUAUUUCUUGAUGGUUACUUUUGAUUAUUGUAUCUGUAAAAGUUUCUUUGUAAAUACUGUGAGGUGUGUCUAAGUUUCCAAACAAAACAUCUCUGCAUUUCCGGAUGAGUUUCCAAGUGUGCAGUGGGGCAGAGCUGAAGGAUUUCAGUCAAGUCUGAAAAUGGGUAGGAAAUACAGAAACAUGUUUUGUUCUGGUUGCAUAUAAUCUUUGCUCUUUUUAAGCUCUGUGAGCUCUGAAAUAUAUUUUUGGGUUACUUCAGUGUGUUUGACAAGACAGCUUGAUAUUUCUAUCAAAGACUUUCAUAUUGCAACAAUCUUUGUAAGAACCACUCAAAUAAAAUUCUCUUAAAAAGGCCUUCAAGAAGCUUUAUU